AUACCAAAACAAAAUGGCUAUCAGAGAUAUUAGAAACAUUUAGUAAGUUAAAAUUUUUAUUUUAACUUAUUGGAUAUUGAUGUUUGAAUUAACAGAUGUCAUUGAUGUGAAUAAUUAGUAAAUUUAUCAUAAAAAUCUAAUUUACAUAUAUCUAUAAUUGUUGCAAUUGAUAAUAUAUCUAAAUAAUGAUGAAUCAAAACUUCCUAACACGUAAUAUUAUAUCAAUGCAAGAAAUAACAUAGGAAUUAACAGAAGAAGUAAAUGAAAAUAUUUUUAAUAAAUAUAUAAAAUUGACUACAAUAUCUAUAAAAAAUGAUAGACACAAAAAAUAAUGCAAAUGGAACAUAUGAUUGUAAUCAAGAGUCAAGGAUUAGAACUGACAGUUCCGAUACAAUGCCAUCAACACCUUCUUCAUCAUCUGAUUAUAUGACAGGAGAAGCAGAUGAUAGUUCGGAUAGCAAAGCUGUCAUACCUUUUAGUUUAAAAUCAGUAGAAACAGUGCUUUCAUUGUCUAAGGCUACUUCUGAAGAAUAUCUUAAAGAUAUGAUAGAAAAAUGUAAACAAAUGGUAUUAGAAAGUGCAGAAUGUUCAGAUGAGCGAAAAUGGCUUGUUAGACGUUUAAUUGAAUUACGCUUAAGAGUACAAGAAUUUAGAGAAUUAUCAGAAGCAAAUUUGCUUGAAACACAAGUAAUUUUAGGACAUCACUUAAUACCACAAAAAUAUUACAUAACAACUUCUGGACCUGUAUAUUGUGAUCAUUGUAGUGGAGCUAUUUGGACUAUGCUUCAAUCAUGGUAUAUGUGCAAUGAUUGCAAAUUUUGUUGCCAUUGGAAAUGUUUAAAUAACAUAUGCAGAGUAUGUGUUCAUGUAGUUGCUAGUGAAGCAGGUGGUUAUACUUAUACAAAAGAUAUUUGUCCUGAACAGGGUUUAUCAAAUCAAGGAUAUAGAUGUGCUGAAUGCAAAGCACGAAUUACAUUUACUUUCUCAAAAGGAUUAUCCUUAUCUUGUUUUGGCAGUCCAUUUAAAAAUACAGAAUCAGCAUGGAUUGAGCCGCGACUUUGUGACUAUACAGGAUUGUAUUAUUGUCAAAGAUGUCAUUGGAAUACUGCAAUGGUAAUUCCUGCAAGAGUAAUUAGAAACUGGGAUAUGGAAUCGCGACCUGUAUCUCGUGUUGCUGCACAACUUUUAACACUUUUAGAAGAACGUUCUGUUUUAUUACUUGAAGACUUAAAUCCAAAAUUGUUUACUUUAGUUCCAGAUCUAUCUGUAGUAAAGAGAAUGCGGGAGGAAAUGCAAAUGAUGAAACGUUAUUUAGUUUUGUGCCCAGAAGCUAAUAAUCAAGGAUUACCAUGGAAAAUUGGAAUACGUACUCAUAUGAUAGAAAAUUCAGGAAAUUAUUCAAUUAAAGAUCUCAUUGAUUUAAAUAAUGGAAUACUUUUAGAAGAAAUUCGUGCUGCAUAUGAUACUAUGCAUACUCAUAUCACAGAGCAAUGUGAAUUAUGUAAAGCAAGAGGUCACUUAUGUGAAUUGUGUGGUAAUGAUGAAAUUAUAUAUCCAUGGGAUGCAAGUUCUAUUAGUUGUCAUCAAUGUACAGCAGUUCAUCAUCGUGCAUGUUGGUCAAAACAAAAUCACUGUUGUCCACGUUGUACGAGACUUCAGAAACGGCGUGCCUUGCAAGAUCAACAAACUUCAGAUACAGAUGAAUGUAUUACUGAAAAUGGAUUAAACUCGAGUGAAUCACCAAGUGAUACAACAUAAAUACAUAUAUUAUAAUUUGUACAUAUAUCUGUUUUUGUGGAAUUCUUUUAUAAAUUAAAAU